GUUACAGAUAUGGAUGGUCUAAAGUUAACUAGUAGUUUUGUAUUUUGAGUGCAUUUGUACAUAAAAAGCAUAAUUUCAUGAUGGCUUCAGGGAUGAUACUACCAGAACAAUCUGGAUUGAAACUGGGAACUAGCUUCAAUGAACCUUUUCCAGUUAAAUCUGGAGUUAUCUCAAAGACAUUGAGUCCAGCUCCGCCACCAGCAUCUGCAGCUCGUACUGCACCUUUGUCAAGGAGAUAUAGAAAAAAUCUGGUAUCUCAGAAUAGAUCAGAGCAUCCCACAUUAAGACAAAGAUCUUUAAUAAAAUCCAGUGCUUCAGCGAAUACACAGCCACUGGGAGGACUUGGCUUAGAAGUUAAACCAAAUGAAAUAAUAUGGCGAGGAUGGGAACCUGGAGAAGAAUAUACAAAAAGUUUAACUCUGAAGAAUAUUCACAUAAAAACACAAAAGAUAAGAUACAAAGUUCCAUCAUCUCGAUUCUUCAGCACAUUAUUUCCUCAAGUUAUUGUAUUAAGUGCGGGCACAAGUUUUACAUUGCCUUUAACUUUCAAACCCCUUGAAAAGAUUGCCUAUGAUGACAGGAUUGAGUUUAUCACUUCAGAAGGAACUUUUUCAAUUGUGCUUCGAGGUCUCCUGCCAGAAACAAACCUUCAUCUGCCAGAAAGUCUGCACUUUGGUCUUGUAGCUGCUCAUGAUAAUUUGGAAAUUAUGUUUGAAUUAAAAAACAUGAGCACGGAAUUGAUGACAAAUUUUUCUUGGGAAGUUCCAGAACCAUUCACUAUACUUCCACCAACUGGCUCUAUACCACCACGGGGCUCAUGCAGCCUAAAAGCUAUUUUUCGACCACUUUCCGCAUCGGUUUUUGAAACACAUGCAAUAUGCUGCUAUGGAGAGGAUAAUUUACUCAAAAAAGUGAAACUGGAAGGAAUAGGCAAAUAUCCUCAUUUGUUGGUUAACACCUCGGAUAAAGCAAUAUCGAAAUAUCAUGAUGUGGCGGUACUAGAUUUCAAAGAAGUUCGAGUACAUGAUACAGCUGUUCGACCAAUGAUAUUAAAGAAUUUGUCACAUGUUCGUGUUCCCUUCAAGAUACAACUUUCUAGUUUUACACCUGAUAUAGACAGAGCUUUCAUCUGCGCUAUGAAGGAAGGAAUUGUUCCACCAAGUUCCAGUAUAUCAAUUCCGAUCUGCUAUAAUCCGAAUGUAGUUGGACAAGCCAGUAUCGAUUAUUUUGAAAUUUCUCCGAUUGGUAUCAGCAGCAAAUCUAUUGUUAAAUGCCAAGGAAAUUGCAAAGGACCUGCUGUUUCUCUCAGUCUCCCACUGUUGAACUUUGGACUGGUAUCAUCUGAAAAAGAAGUCACGAAAACUAUUGAUAUCACAAACAAUUCUAAGUGUGAAGCAGUGUACCAGAUUCUUCUUGAUCCGGAUUCCACUGUGUGGCACACAAGUCAAAUCAGCGAUGUUUUGAAAUCUGGAGAAACAAGAACAUUACAUGUUUGUUUCACUCCGAUUCAUCCGAUUAAUUAUUACAGAAGGCUUGUGAUUCUUGUACAUGAUCAGGGGCCACUAUACAUUGAUUUGAUUGGAACAUGUCACAGUGGAGAAUCUCAACCACCGUUGCUAAAACCUAUUCAUCUCGAUAAAUAUAAAAUACACUCACAGCGAGGAAUUAGCUUCUACUCACCGGAAAUUCUCUUCAAUUUGUUGCAGGAAAACCAAAUCAAAGUAGACGACAGUGGAUGUCUAAUGUAUUCAUGGGAUGAAAAUGAAGAAUCCGUUUAUAAUUCUGAUCCUCCACUGACUGAAUAUUUUGAUGAUGCUCAUAACUCAGAAAUAACACACAAUCCACCUCAUGUAUCUUUGGAUAAGUUAGAAGUUUGGUUAGGACAACAACAAUUUGACAUGAAUGGUGAAAAUGAACCUUGUCAUGCUACUUUGAGAAUGACUAAUCACACCAAAGGAAAAAUUACCGCAAUUUGGAUGCAAGAUCCGACUGGAGUUUUCGAAUUAAUUCCAUCAUCAUGUGACAUACCACCAUUGAAAUCUACUGAUUUUCGUGUUGUUUUCCGACCAAAUGUCCCAAAUCAAUUUUUUGGAGCUGAACUAGAAUGUUAUGCAUCUUACAAGAGUAUGCGAGACUACAAGCUAGUUGAUGACACAACCAUUACUCCACCAUGGUGUUUGACAGUGUCUGUGAGUGGACAUACUUUCAGUGGAAAAAAUAACACUUUUCUUCCUAAUGUAGAAAUUGGAGCUAAUGAACUGACAUUUGAUGCAACUCCUGACAAUGAAGACUCUUACAGAACAAUGCUGCUGAAAAAUAACGGAACUACUCCUGUGUUAUAUCAAUUCAAUCAGAAUUCUGAAGAAUCCAGUUUCACAAUAAAACCACAGCAAGGAAUGAUGAAAUCGAAAUACCAUAUAUCAGUGUGUAGGUUAACACCAAGAAAAGUGGAAACUUACGAAUCGAAAGUUACUCUACGAUUGAACGACAAUGGAACACAUGAUGAGCAUCUAACUCUCAUUGGAACUGGGGAACAGCCUGAAUUACUUCUGUCAAAUUCUGGAGAAAUGUAUUUUCGACCAACUUGCAUAGGAACAGUGAAUACAAACAAAUACACUGUACAAAACACUGGUCGUCUUCCACUAGGAUUCAUGUGGAAAUUACAAAGCACUGACUUGACAAGAUUGUCAGUGGAACCAAAAUCAGGAGUCAUCUAUCCGAAUGAAAUUCAGAACCAUACUUGGACUUACUCACCUGACAUUCCAGAAAAAAGUUUAUUCAAACCAGUUUGUUACACUUGGCCCCAUAAUAAUGACUCAGCAGAAAUUACGUCGGUUGUUGAUAUUCCCAUCAAAAAUCGAAGAAAAUUCACAUUGAGAGUUAUUGGAGAAGGACAUACGGGAGAAAUAAGGGCUGAACGAUCUUCCAUUGAUUUCUCCUGUGUUAUUUGUGGAUCAUCAUCUAAUAAGACAUUAGUUCUUCAUAAUGUGUCAAACUGUGAUGCCAGAUUUAAACUCUCUAUCGAACAAUUUGUCAACAGUCAGUAUGGUGAAAAUCCUGAUGAAAAUGAAACCAUUGCUCUAUAUCUGAAUAAAUCAAGUGAUGUUCUUCCAUCACAUUCACGUACUACGAUCAAUAUCAAGGCUAGACCUCAUCGACGUGUCCUGUAUACGUGGUCAUUGUAUUAUGAAUUGAUUAAUGAAGAUGACGAAGCUAUCGAACUAAACAACAGAAUAUUAUUGUGUGAACUUAGUGCAGAAGGCGUUUAUCCAAAUCUAGAAGUAAUAGAUGCCCGUACAUCUGGUAGUGGUGCAAGUAUAAGUAAAACACAACUAUGGAGAUGGUUUAGUUUGGAUAGCUUCAAUUCAUUUCUUGAUGCUGAUCCUGAAAAGCAAGAACUUAUCUACUCUGUUUCAACAAGAAGAAGCACAAGUCGACGGCCAAGCGUUCAUACUCGAUCUAUUUUGGAAUUUAAUUUUGGUGCUGCACCUCUUGAUUCUGAAUCUUGUUUUGUGAGUUUGAUGUUACGCAAUACCGGAUCUGUUGUCUCAGAAUGGGCUUUCCUUUUCCCAAAAGAUUUACAAUUACCCAUGGAUUAUUGGACGGAGACUGGUGUUUUUGAUGCUGAUGAAUUGCAUGAAUUACAUAUACAAGAUAACAAGCUUUUUACAGUGAGUCCAAAGAAAGGGAAACUGAAUCCGGGACAAAACCAAACAAUAUUACUUCAAUAUAAACAUGAUAUCGCUGGAACUCAUCGUAUUCCUGUCUUGUUCAAACUUGAGAAUGGAAGAGAAAUUUUACUAAAUUUUGUUGGAGUCACAGUAGAACCAAAUCGUCGAUACAUUCAUUUUCCCGGCAGCAAACACAGCUUCACUCCAGUACCAAUUGGUGGUCCAACUCCACCACGUCAAUUAUAUGAAAUAUACAAUGGAGGUUCAAUGGCAGUCAUGUAUGAACUAAAUGUUGCACCACUCGUAGAACUACAAACUGCAAAUUUUGAUCAUCCUAUAUUAACUUGUCUGAAUCCACAAGGAGAAGUAUUGCCCGGUACAUGCACCAAUGUCGAAUUCAUUUUCUCUCCGUUAGAAGCAAAGACAUACAUGGUUGAUAUACCAAUACACAUUGUUGGUGGUGAUGUGGCAUUAAUAUCAUUCAGUGGUAUUGGUUAUGAUGCUCGUGUUAUUGGAUCAAAUAUGCCAAUGCUCGAUCAACCGCCUGAAUUUUCGGGAGUACCAAAAACUCAAACAGUUCCUGUACCGGGUCAGCAUGUCUUCUUAUCAGAGGAAAGAAUAAGUUUUGGAAACAUACCAUUAUUCAGUAGAAAGCGACAUGUAUUUUUCCUCACAAAUAAGUCGACAGACAGACCAAUGAGAUUUUCAUGGCACGCCUCAUCAGAGACAGUCAAUGAUGUAUUGCGAAUUGAACCAGUUCAUGGUAGACUGGAACCAGGUGAACAUCGGCUGACAAGGAUCACGUUUUGUGCUGCAGGACAACCUUCAUUUUAUGAUCUGGAUCUAAUAUGUGAGGUUAUUGAUGAAAUAAAAAUGCAAGAAUAUCAUGCUGAAUUAUUGAGUUGGGAAGAAGAAAAGGCAAAACAAGAAGUUGAAUUUACAAUUACUGAUCAAACUAUUGAGGAAGAACUAACGCAGCAAGCAAUGCAAAACUCUUCGUCACAACAAACAAUAGAAAAAACAUCACCACGACGACUCAAUCUUGAAAACGUUUUGAACAAAAAUUUAUCUCCAAUGAGAUUGACUGAGAGUGUAAUGACUAAUAAACAUACUCGGUCAGAGACAAAGAAGUACAAGACAUUGCCUCCAAUAAGAUUUGAAGAUCCAUUACAUUUACCGAGCGAUAGAUCUCGAGUGAAUAGGAAGAUAGACAUGGUCUUACGAGGUGAAAACAAUGAGGAAUGGCCUCAGCCUCUUCCACCAGAACCAUUUGUCAGCCAUCUUGGAAUUACAGCUAGAACUCAUGAUAUCAGUGAAUUCAGAACAAACUUUCCUCACGAAGGAAAUAAACAUUACAUUGAUAGAAUGCUCCAAGUGAAUCAUCCGCUACCAUCCCGAUCAACAUCUGAGCAAUAUUUACUCACAACUUGUGAUAAAGAAGAAAAAGAUACUGUUAUUAUGAUCAUGUCUAAAGUUAUCAGGAGUUUACUAGAUGAUCCAACUUUUCAUGAUUCUGUUCGUGGAAUAUCAGAAGAAAAAACUCCAUAUUUUAAACAACUGGCUAAAGAAGAUCAAGACAAAGUUGAAGAGAUCCCUCUUGUUACACCACGAAAUGGAGAAGAUGGAUCAAAAGUAGAAACUUCUGAACUUAUGGAUCAAAUAUUGAGACAAGAAGAAGAGGUUCCUCCAACAAAAGAAGAAAAAUCAGUCACCAAAGAAAAGUUGAGUCGACAAUCUUCACGUAGUAGUAAGACUGCGACAUCAGUACGCAGUAAAGAAGACAAGAAGCUUCGUGUAUCUUCAUCAUUAAGUCAGAGAAUGGAGAUGGAUCGUGAAAUAAAACGUUCUCCUGUGUUUGGAAGUAUGCUGGAAGAAAUAUUAAGUUCAACUAUUUCAAAUAUAAUGACUGAAGCUGUAAGAGGAGAAGUCGUAUUAACAGCAAGACCUCGUGUAGUUGCUCUUCCUCCAUCAACAGUAAAACAACAAAGUCAACAACAACCUUCUCAGAAUGAAAAAAAUGGUUCUCGUUCUGCGUCUUCCAGAAAAACCGCUUCUACUGGUUCAAAGAGGAGAAAGAAUCGUUCUCAUGCAAGUAGUUCAAGUUCUUUCAGUGCUCCUGCUUCAACUGGAAGAAAAUAAAGUUUUUUGUGUGGAUAUUGUUUCAUAUUUUGAUUUGAGUAAAUUUUGUAGACUGUUUUAUCUCAGAAUAUAUUUUUUAGAUUUAUAUGUAAUUUGUAAGUUAUUAAAAUGUUCAUAUUA